GCACUCAUGCACGGCAUUAACAAUUACGCUGAUGACGAAGCAUCCGAAGGCGUACGGAAUGAAUCGCUGACACGGGUUCGGUGCACUCGCACUGUUGAGCCCGAUGAAGAUAAGCUGCUUAAUCGCUGCGCAUUGAAAACAGUGAACCAAUCGAGAUACGAGCUGAGCAUUACUGCAGCAUCUUCUUGUGAAAUAUCCAGCGAUAAAAGAUACUAA